AGAUAAUUACUUUUAGUUUACAUGUUUAGCCUAUCUGUAACGGUUGUGCAAAUUUAAAGAUCAUCACUCACUAUAACCGGUUCAUUCAGCUUCAUUCAACAACUAAACAAAACAAAACAUUUAAGGUGUUAAGGACGAGCUUCUGAUUUUCGGAUGAAAAUCGUGGAUGGAACUAUAAUCCUAGGACCUUUGAACGAUAACCACAACCUUUGAUGAGUUGGAAAAUGCCGAACGUGAUGGUCAUCACUGUCACCGCCACCUUGAUGUUGCUGGCCACCGUUGAAACGGUGUCUGCGGGGGUCGCAACCAUCGAUGAACGUCAGCAGGACUUAGACAGCGAGUACGAUGGUGGAAUAAAAUCUCUGAACAUGGAGCUGAUCAAAUCGUCGAUACUGGACAAGCUGGGAAUGCAGCGGCCACCGGAAUUAGGCGAUCGGCUGCUGCUGCAAGAUCGCUUGGGCAAGUACAACAACGACAGCGGAAGUUACACGGUGGCGCCCUCGCAAAUCCGGGUCAAGUCCAACCGCAUAGACCCGAUCGGGAACGGCGGCACCGACGUGCAGAGCCGUAAAACAGCAUCCGAGUCCACAGACAACACUAUUAAUGGUCGCAACGUCCGAGACGACGACGACGACGAUUAUCACGUCAAGACGCAAAAGCUCAUAGCGUUCGCUCAGCCACAUCCCACGGUGCAAAAUCUACAGGGCCAAUAUCCACUCUGCUUUACGUUUUCCGAGCAAAUUCAACAUUAUCGAAUCACCAAAGUCAUUCUGUGGGUGUACAAGAUACCGUUGGACGUGAUCAUCGAUAACUCGGUGGUUAUCAUUGAUGUGUACAGAAUCAAUCCAAUCAACUUGCAACAGUCAUUAGUUUCCAGCAUAAAGCGGGUGUUGAACACUACGGAACCUAGUUGGGUGCCCAUUGAGCUACAGAAAAACACGUCUGACUGGUUCAAGACCAUUGGCGAGGUCAAAAACUUGACGCUAAUGGUACAAGCCUACUACCCUGACAAGAACAACACGCACGACAAGUUGCCGUACAUAAUUGACUCCAAAAAAAGAGAUGAUAAUAUUACCGAGAUCCCGUACUUGGAGGUGCACACCCACUACGGGCACCGGAACAGGCGGGGUGCGGAGUCCGAGCAGCGGACGUACAACGGUACAACCGCGGCGCACGCGCAGUGCAGCAGGCAUUCGGUGACGAUCGACUUAAAAGAACUCGGCUGGAAACAGAUCGUCUGGCCCGAAAAGUUGAAGUUUUACUACUGCUCGGGCGAGUGCAGUUCAACGACGUCAGUGCUAUCCUCUAGCGGGCGAGAAGUGCAUCAGUGCUGCGUGCCACGCAAGACGUCCGACCUGUUCGCGUUGUACUUAGACUUCACCGGUCCAAGUCGUAUUCGCCACGGAAAAAUAUCCGACAUGAUAGUAGACGAAUGUGGAUGCCAAGACACUGAUUCCAUUGUGCGUUCACUGCUGAAGCGGCUCGUAUAAUAAAUUGAUAA